AUGUCUAUUGUUUGGGCAAAAGUUUCCCUUCAUAAUGAUUUUGUAUUAAUUCAAACUACGCUUAAUAAUAAUCAUAACGAUGAUGAGACUUUUAACAAACAAUUAAGUUUAUACUCCCAACAACAACAGAAUCAAGUUUCGACACCCCCUACAUCCCCAUUCUUAUAUGUACAAUCUCCCUUAUCUUGUGAGACUUCAUUUUCCCCUUGUUCCUCAACUUCCUUAUCUCCAAUCCAUACUCCAACUGCGACAAACCAUUCAUUUCAAUUUACCACAAAUUCUUCUUUACCUUCUAGUCCGAUAUUUCCAACGGAAGAUACUCCAGAUGAAUGCUAUGAAAGCGUAAAUGGAAAUGAUCAUGAUUUGUCAUUGACUAUAAUGGAACAGUAUCAAUAUAAUAACGAAUCAUUGACAUUUUGUCAUGAACGAUCAAAUAAUUUUAAUACACAGCCAACGUUUAACAAUUCGAAUCAGGAACAAAUAUAUUCAAACGACGAAUUAUUCGAAUCGUCUUAUGAACGAUAUAACAAUGAUAAUGAUAAUAAAGUAUCAAAUGUUAACCCAUACAUUCAAAGUAGUAGUAAUCAUAAUAUUUAUUAUCAUGAAUCAACGCAACAGUUACAAUCUCAGUCGUAUAUAUUAAAUGCACGAUGGCAACAAAACCAAUAUCACGCUAGUGGACAAUUAAAGGUCUCAUCAAUAGAAUGUCAACUACAACAUUUAAAACAUAAGGAUCCGUGUGAAGAGAGAUAUGUAAUGGAUCCCGGAUUUGUAAAUUCGGAUCUCAAUGUGAUGAAUUGGACUUUUAUUAAACCUAAUUUUCCUUUAAUAUUUGAUCAAAUGUAUGAUAAAGCCGACGGUUGCUUCUUUUUAGAAGGCAUACCCUCCGAAUUUAUUUUUGACUUUCGUCAGCAUUCUGAUUUAUUAAUUGAAGGUAAUUUUGUUAAUGAAGAUUUCGGUUAG